CUGAGGAAAUAAAACCCAAAGAGGACAGUAAAGAGUCUUUGAAAGAGUCUUUCUGACCUAAAAUGACGUUAACAGCAGAGUCGGCGCCAUGAGUGUGUGCGGGAGCUGCAGCUGCGUCGUUGCGGCUGCGCUGUGUUUGAUUUUGGGGGUUUUGUCGGGGUUUUGUUCGGUUUCUGUGAGUCUGAGCGGAAAAUGGAGCCUCAGAAACGCCAACGGCUCAGUGUCCGUGUCCGCGGAGGUCCCCGGAUGUGUCCACUCAGCUCUGCAGAGACGAGGAGACAUCCAGGAUCCAUACUUCAGGUUCAACGAUGUGUUUUAUCGCUGGAUCGCCUUCGAUAACUGGACGUACACGGCCACGUUCACCGACUCUAACCAGCUCAGGACCAAACAGGAGGUUCUGCUCGUCUUUGACGGCGUCGACACCGUGGCAUCGAUUUGGCUCAACUGCGUCCUCGUGGGGAAGACGGACAACAUGUUCCGUCGUUACGACUUCCCGGUCAGAGACCUGCUGAAGGACGGGGUUAAUGUGCUCAAAGUCAGCCUCGUGUCUCCUCUUCUUUACGCGUCUGAGCGAAGAAAAGCUCACUCUGCCUACAGAGUUCCUCCUGAAUGUCCUCCAGACGUCCAGAAGGGAGAAUGUCACGUCAAUUUCAUCAGAAAAGAGCAGAGCUCGUUCAGUUGGGACUGGGGGCCGUCGUUUCCCUCGAUGGGACUUUGGAAGGACGUUCACCUCGAGGCGUUUGAUGUCCUGCAGCUCGUCCAGCUUUCUGCCGUUCCUCUGUAUGGUACGUCUCAUCUUCACCGCCAAUCGCCAAUCUGUUUUUGGGUACAAAAAGUAUGGAAUAUUUGAAUGUUUUUGUGUAUAUUUACUGGGAAACACAUAAAUAAAAUAA